AUGCUCGUAAAUCUUGUGCCAUUUGGCGAACAAGCUCGACGAAUGACCGACAAGAAGCCUACCGUCGCUUCAGGCGACAUCGAUGACGAUCAGAUGAGCGACAUGAUUUAUUGGAUGGCGAUCGAGAAGAUCCGCGACGAGUUGGUGAACGGCGGCGCGAUUGUUGGAAGCAUCGGACCCCAUCAGCCGGCGUUUCUUCACAUUCGACUUUGCGAUGAGUGCCGAAAGGCGGUCCGAAGCGAUUUCGCCGGCUAUCCGGCGACGAUUGAGAUUUCAUUGUGCCAUGAAUGCUACAAGAGCAGCGGAUUCGUCGACGAGGAUGAGACUAAGUGA